CUCAAAGCUUGUUGGACAUUUUGUGUUUGACAUUCCCUCCGAGUUUAACUAAGUGUUUACAUUAGUGUUUCUACUGCUCUGUGGAAGACAUUUUGGGUUUUGUUGAAGUUUUUUUUACAUCGUCGCAAUGGCUCGUAUGAACAGACCAGCCCCUGUGGAGAUCACCUACAAAAACAUGAGGUUCCUCAUUACCCACAAUCCCACCAACGCCACCCUGAACAAGUUCAUCGAGGAGCUAAAGAAAUACGGAGUCACCACGGUUGUGAGAGUUUGUGAGGCCACCUAUGAUGCCACCCUGGUGGUGAAAGAAGGAAUCCAGGUUCUGGAUUGGCCGUUUGACGAUGGAGCUCCUCCCUCCAACCAGAUCGUGGAUGAUUGGCUGAACCUGCUGAAGCUGAAGUUCAGGGAGGAGCCCGGCUGCUGCAUCGCUGUCCACUGUGUGGCAGGGCUGGGGAGAGCUCCUGUUCUGGUGGCGCUCGCCUUGAUAGAAUGUGGGAUGAAAUAUGAAGAUGCUGUCCAGUUCAUUCGACAGAAGCGUCGAGGAGCGUUCAACAGCAAACAGCUGUUCUACCUGGAGAAGUAUCGUCCAAAGAUGCGCCUGCGCUUCAAAGAUUCUAACGGCCAUCGCAAUAACUGCUGCAUCCAGUAGAGCCAAACCCUGAGCCACGCCAACCCUCACUACAGAAGACUUCAAUUCAACCUUGCUAGCUUCUUACCUGGCAGGCUUCCUUUCUUCUUUUUUCUUCAUUGUGUUGAAGUAUUUUACUUUGAAAGAUCAUGCUCGGUUAUCCAACUGUCCCCCCUUCCCUCUCCACGUUCAAACUCAAACGUCAAAAAAUGAAAAACAAGAGUUGUGUGAGCCGAGUUUUCUCUUCAUGUGCCCAAAAAAAAGUAAAAAAAAUUAAAUAAAUUAGGAAGGGCAGCGCUCAGCCGUGUAUCGUUGUAAGAUGUUGGAUUAGCUGUUUUCUGCAAAUGCAUCCCAAAGAUUAUGAUUGGUCAGUGCAUUUACAUCGCCUGAGAAUGUGUCUAAAUUUAUUUUUCUUAUUUUCAUGUGAGCAAUUCUAUGUACCCCGUUCAAUUUUAGGGUUCAGUUUCAGUACUGACUAGAAAGAGGUAUGCCUUCCUUCAAAUCAGAUGGAUCAUCCAUAAAUGCCUUACAAUCGAAGUGGAACAAAGGCAAUCGAGGUGGGAGUCGACUCCCGCUGGCAUUUGGAAAAGGUGUUUCAUUUUUCUACUUGGAACAAAAAUAAAAGAAACUGUUGCCUUUGUCUUGUGCAGGAAGUCUUACACACACUUAUGCCCUUUCAGUAACUAUUUUUAAUAUAAAUGCUUAAUUGUUGCAAUAUUUGUCAUACUUGUCAAUUGAAAGUCUAGAAACUCGUAUUUUUUCUUUAUCAAACCUUCUGUUUACUAAUUAACUGCCAUGUCCAAAAUGUGAUCUUUGGUCUUUUGUUUCCAGUUUUCUUUUUUCUUUUUUUUUUUUUUUUUUGCUUCAAACUGGACUUCCAACGUCUGCGAUAUUUUGUAUGCCUUUUUAUUUGAUGUCCGUAACUUAAGACUUGGAUACUUGAUGAUUUUAUGUAUUUGAAAAUGUGUACUAUUAUUAUUAGGUUGGCUAUUUAUACUAUCAAUGGAUGUGUGAUUUAGUACAGUGAGCGACAAAGUUGUACCUGUUCACCAACUUGUGAGAGUACAUUAAAUGAUACACUGAAAAACAACAAA